GACCAGAGGCUUGUAAAUUGUUUUAUAAUAUUCGCCAACGCUUCGGCAGAGAAAAGCGAAAAGUACUAGUGUCACUAAAGGGGAAGUCAGGACAGGGAGCGAUGGCACCAUAUGUACCCACAUGGCCAUUGUAUGAGGAAUGUAUGUUUCUGGCAGACCAUAUUGUUGCACGCAAAACGUCAAGUAGCUACAGUACGAAUGCUUUGCCAAAAAGUCAGACGGCUACAGUUGUGAGGCCCAAUUUUGAAGCUGACAGAGCUUCACCUGUGUUUGCCCGACCCUCUCCCUCACCGUCACCACCUGUAUUCAGGUCAAUUUUGUCACCUCAAACUUCAGAGUUGCUGUCGCCGUCUAGUAUGUGGAGCAGUGAUAAUUAUUUGUUUCUUGAAAAGUACAAACAAUUUUUUGGUAAUACUGUGAAAUGGAAUUAACAUCAAUUACAUCACGUGUAAUUUUUUUCGCAGAUGUUGAAUCUAAUGCUUCUAAUAGUCAGAACUCAGCUGGGCAGUCACUUGCAAGUACAGCAGGAGUUUCAGAUUCUUUAGAUGUGAGCUCGGCGUCUGAAUCUAUUAUACAGACCAUAUAAACGGCAAAAUUGAAAGGAAAACG